CACGCAACUCUAAAUGUAUUUGUAUGUAUACUGAAUAAAUGAAAAUUUAAAUACUUUCAUUACUUUGUAGUUUUGUUAUCAUUAUUCCUUUUGUACUUUUCAAUAAAGUAGAUGUAGUUCUAAGAGAAUAGUUAAUUCCAGCUGUUAAAUUGAUUCUAUGUAUACUCUACGACACCAAAGGAAAACAUUUUCAUGAUAGUGGUUGCAUGCAAUGGACUAUCUUUCAAGUCCGUAUUGCCGAUUAAAUAAAAUUUUACUGUCAUGUUUAGGCGAGUGGCCAUAUCAAACGUCAACUCAAAGACGAUUUAUACGGAGUAUUAUUUAUUUUUUUAGUGCCAGUAUCAUUAUACCAAAGAUUAUAAAACUCAUUAAAGUUUGGGGUAAUUUGGAUAUGAUCAUUGAGUGCAUACCAAUGUUACUACUUGACGCUGUUAAUUUUGUUAAAGUUGUUAAUGGUUUUAUUAAUUUUCGUAAGAUGCGUGAACUCUUUGAUAGGAUUCAAGAUGAUUGGGGGCUCGAUUAUAGCAAAAGAGAAUUUGAAAUAAUGCAUAACUAUGCCGAGGAUGGUAAAAAACUAUCUCAGUUUUAUGCGUCUUAUAUGUAUGCAACGAUGUUGAUAUAUUUUUGCAUGCCAAUAAUUCCAAAAGCACUGGACAUAGUAUUGCCACUAAAUACAACACGUCCAGAGUUAUAUUUAUUUGAAGCUGAAUAUUUUAUUGACCAGCAAAAAUUUUACUACCCGAUUUUAAUUCAUGCUUACAUUACAUGUGCAGUUGCUGUUUCAAUGUUAGUUGCCUUUGACACUGAAUAUGCUAUUCAGGCAUUACAUGGCUCUGGAAUUUUUUCAGCAUUGAGAUAUAAAUUAGAAAAUUUGGUUAUCAAAGACGAUGAAGCAGAUUACAAAAAUGAUGAGAAAAUAAAACAAUCGACAUACAAUAUGGUUGUACAAUGUGCAAUUCUUCAUAAAAGGGCACUAGACUACGCUGAUCUUUUAGAAUCAUCACGUGUGACAUGUUUUUUCUUUGUUCUCCUUGUCAAUAUUGCAGCAAUAAGUAUCACUGGAGUCCAGACAGUAAUGAAAUUGGACCAACCCACUGAAGCCAUUAGAUUCGGUGUCUACACUUUAGCACAAAUAACUCAUAUUUUUUACAACAGCUAUCCUGCUCAAAUGUUGUUUGACAAUAGUUGGAAAACAAGUGACGCAAUCUUUGCUGGAAACUGGUAUCGAGCUGGAAGUAAAUCAAAAAACUUACUACACAUGAUGAUAAUAAGAAGUCGCAUUCCUUGUAAGCUAACAGCCGGAAAAAUUUAUCUCAUGUCCCUGGAAAAUUUUACUGGCGUGGUUAAAACAUCGAUGUCGUACUUUACAGUUUUGUUGUCUUUUCGAUAGUAUGGUAUUUAUAUUAAUUUUUGAAUAAAUAUUUUUUUUCAAAUAUUAUUUCAGACGUUUGUUGAAUUGCUGACUCGCAUAUUUAGAUAAAUAUUUAAAAUAUGAACCGAUUUACUUAUAAAUAUGAUCUUUUAAAAAUGUAUUUGAUUUUUUGAUAGCUGAGUAAUAAACUUUGAUAACUUUGAAAUAAUAAAAUAAAUUUU